CACACACACACACGGACCACAACGGGUCACAUGCCGUCCUCAUCACUUCAGUUGUGGUGAAGAUGGACACCGACAGGCUCCACGCUGCUUUACCUGAGCCUCCAAGCCAAAAUGAAGAAGACAAUAAAGGUGAAGAGAAGAUCUUCGGGAAUAUCUUUGCUGAGCUGGAGUCGGUGGACUUGCCUUUGGGAACCACUUUAAGGUCUAUUUAUGAUGACCAGCCCAACGCUCACAAGCGGUUCAUGGAAAAGCUCGAUACCCGGAUAAGGAACCAUGACCGCGAGAUUGAGAAGAUGUGCAACUUCCACCACCAAGGCUUUGUGGACGCCAUCACAGAGCUCCUGAAGGUCCGGGCCGAUGCGGAGAAGCUGAUGGGUCAAGUGACGGACACCAACCGAAGACUCCAGGAAGCAGGGAAGGAAGUAACGGCUCAGACGGAGGAGGUCAUCCGCUGUCGCAUCCAACAGAGGAACAUGGCCACCACAGUGGAGAAGCUCCAGCUCUGUAUUCCAGUGCUGGAAAUGUACAGCAAACUGAAGGAGCAGCUGACAUCCAAAAGGUACUAUGCUGCUCUGAAAACCAUGGAGCAACUGGAGAAGGUGUACAUCCCCAGAGUGAGUCAGUACAGGUUCUGUCAGAUCAUGGCUGAAAACCUGCCCAAACUCAGAGAGGAGAUCAAGGACGUCUCCAUGUCGGACCUCAAGGACUUCCUGGAGAGCAUACGAAAGCAUUCAGACAAGGUUGGAGAGACUGCCAUCAGACAGGCGCAGCAGCACAGGACCUUCAUCAGCACGGUGGCAAAGCAGGCCGGCUUAGACCACUACACCAAACCCCUGUUCUCCCUGAAAGGACGAGCGCACUCGCACAUGCCCAACGGUCUGCUGAUGGAUGACGGUGCAGGAGACGAAGAGGACGCUGAUGAUGAGAUCCUUACAGCUCAGGACCUGGUGGACUUCUCUCCCGUCUACAGAUGUCUACACAUCUACACGGUGCUGGGCGACAGAGAAACCUUUGAGAACUACUACAGGAAACAGAGGAAAAAACAAGCACGGCUGGUUCUGCAGCCGCAGGCUAACAUGCAUGAGACGGUGGAAGGCUACAGAAGAUACUUCAACCAGAUCGUAGGGUUUUUCGUUGUGGAGGACCACGUUCUUCACGCCACUCAGGGGCUGGUGACCAGAGCGUUCACGGAUGAACUUUGGAACAUGGCCUUGUCCAAGAUCAUUGCUGUGCUGCGCACGCACUCUUCUUACUGUGACGAUCCAGAUCUGGUUUUGGAGCUGAAGAACCUCAUCGUUAUCUUUGCCGACACCCUGCAGGGUUAUGGUUUCCCGGUCAGUCGACUCUUCGAUCUGCUGUUUGAGGUCCGAGACCAGUACAAUGAAACCUUGCUGAAGAAGUGGGCUCUGGUGUUCAGGGAGAUCUUUGAGACGGACAACUACAGUCCCAUCCCAGUGGAAACGGAGGAGGAGUAUAAAGUGGUGGUGAGCCGCUUCCCCUUCCACGAUGCUGAGAUCGAGAAGCAAAGCUUUCCAAAGAAGCUGCCCAUGUCCCAGUCUGUCCCUCAGAUCUACUCGCAGGUCAAGGAGUUCAUUUACGCCAGCCUCAAGUUCUCCGAGUCGCUGCACCGCAGUUCCACAGAGAUUGAUGACAUGUUGCGAAAGUCCACCAACUUGCUGCUGACAAGAACUCUCAGCAGCUGCCUGCAAAACCUCAUCAAGAAACCUCACAUAGGACUGACAGAGCUGGUUCAGAUCAUCAUUAACACCACCCACCUGGAGCAGGCCUGCAGGUACCUGGAGGAGUUCAUAACCAACAUCACCAACGUCUCUCCAGAAACCGUCCACACCACCAGACUCUACGGGUUGUCCACAUUUAAGGACGCUCGCCACGCUGCAGAAGGAGAAAUUUAUACCAAACUGAACCAGAAGAUCGAUGAAUUCAUCCAGCUUGCAGACUACGAGUGGUGCAUGGCCGAGUCGGACGGCCGCGCCUCAGGAUACCUCAUGGACCUGAUUAACUUCCUGCGCUCCACGUUCCAGGUCUUCACGCACCUUCCGAAAAACAACAAUGACCAUGCAUCAAUGUCGGGGAAGGUUGCGCAGACGGCUUGCAUGUCUGCCUGCAAGCAUCUGUCCACGUCGCUGAUGCAGAUGCUGCUGGACUCUGAGCUGAAGCAGAUCAGCAUGGGAGCCAUUCAGCAGUUCAACCUGGAUGUUAUGCAGUGUGAAUUGUUUGCCAGCUCGGAGCCGGUUCCUGGCUUCCAGGGGGACACGCUGCAGCUGGCCUUCAUUGACCUGCGACAGCUCCUGGAUCUGUUCAUGGUUUGGGAUUGGUCGACUUACCUGGCAGACUACGGCCAGCCGAACUCCAAGUACCUGAGAGUGAACCCCGCCACAGCGCUGGCUCUGCUGGAGAAAGUCUACAGGGGGAUGAAAGACACCAGCAAAAAGAACAACAUCUUCUCACAGUUCAGGAAGAACGACCGCGACAAGCAGAAGCUGGUAGAGACCGUGGUCAAGCAGCUGAGGAGCCUGGUCAACGGCAUGUCCUCCUAAACCCACUGACGGGACGAGGCCGAGACCUGGGACCUGGUUUCAGCACGCAGACAGCAACACAACAGCAAACACACACAAUAGGUCAUCUUCUUACCUGAGUCCUUGGGGGAGGCGUUCCUGCAGGUUGACAGGAACAUGUGUGGCGGUGGGAGUGCACAGAGGGAGCAGCGGCCACAGGGGGAGGGGGUGUUGGGACGCGAGUUCAAGUCCAGAUUCCCUGCAAAGCAAACGCGUGGACCCACUGUUGGUGCAGCGCCAUCACCUGGACACAGUGGACAAGUCCUCUGCUUUUAUUUUGAAAAGAAACAGACUUCCUGGUUGUAAUUAGCUGUUAGUUUUCACAUGACAAAUUUAAAUUUAAGCUUGCCUAAAGAACUGAACGUAACAUAGCCUGCUGUGGAUGUGAAGCUUUAGCAUCAAACUACAGCUGGAUCAGGGGCUAAAGUCCUGAGCUGGAUCCUCUUUAGGAGGAUUUAGACUCAACCCAAGUUAAACCUGAGUAUGUUGGAUGGCUAAGACUCUUGCUUCGAGGAAAAAUCCCAUCAAACAUUUGGGUGCAUCAAAACUGAUCCAACGACUGAAUCGGUUCUGUCCGGUUAUUUCAGCAACAGGAGGGAUCUGGGAAAAGAAUUCUGUGGUCUGAUAGCAGCGGCAUGAGCUCAGCGUCCCAACGCCUCAGCUCCUCUUUCUGUCCCGACGGUGUCAAAGGACUCUGUGGACAAUGACGUCUGCUUAGACUGAUGUUCCUGGAAAAAGUCCACGAAGGCACUUUUGCUGCUGCUCGUCUCACCGAGCAACAUUUCUCCGUUUUUGACGCCUAGAUUGUAGCUGGAGCCUCUGAAACUCAGCGGUGAAUUCUUUUUGUUGAUCCAGCUAGUAAAACCGUGUGGUUUGAGCAUCAAAACCCUCAAGACGAGGAGACCGUCACAAACCCGUUUCAGAAACCUCUUUCAGUUGCUCCUAGAGAAUUGAAGCUUUAGCCACACAAUAAAUGAAGCACAGCAAUAAUCCUCUGGUUUCCUGUCACACUUCCAGAUCUUUCACCUCCUUCCGUUUGGGUUUUGCUUCUUUUCUAGACGCGUUUGCACUGAACUCUGGCUUUUGGGGUCAAAACUGGACUCAAAGGUCAUUGCACAUGGCGGGUUUAGAGGUCAGGUUUGUCUGUAAUGGGGUUUAUUGUUAUUUUAUUCCUUUAUUGUAAUGGGCUUGAAUGAAGAUCCAACCUGAACUCGGGCAGCAGGACGGGCUAACACCUACCCAGGACAACAGCGCAGCUUUUUGGGGAUCUGCCUGCUGCCGUGGCUCUACAGGCCGAACAUCCCUGCUGACGCUCCGACUGGCGUGACCAGAGAGGCUCACGGCUGAGAAAGCCUGCAAAGCUUUGCUCUGACGUGCGAAAUGUAAAUAGACCAAAAUACUUCACCCAAAGACCCAAAACCCUUUCAGGAAGCGCACUCCUUAUUCCUGCAGUUGAAACAGGAGGAAAGGACAGCGGGAAGCGGUCCUCAUUUUAUUUAAAUGAAAAUCUGAAGCUUUUUUUUUUUUUUUACAUUUAAAGCUUUGUUGUGAAUAAUUGAAUUUUUUUUUUUUAUUUGCUUUGCAGUUUUUUCCAUGUGUUACCAGUUCUUCAGAGCUGGAAUUGCACUUUAUUAAAAACAAAUAACCCAAACUCCUGUUAAUGUAUGGGGAUGCUGACUGCAUUGUGCCAAUGAAUGUCCCCACAAAGAUACAAAAACAAGUGUGUGUGUGUAUUUAUUUAUUUGCCUUUUAACUUGACUGCUUGUAUAUACGUCUGUACAAACUGCGUUUUUGUAAAGAAUCGACGGGUUUGCUGGCUGACUUGGUGAUGUAACGAUGUGACUGAACAUUUCUUUGUCUCCUGGAGAACUUAAUGCAUCGUGAGGAGCUCAGUGAUUUUUUUUUUCUUCCCUUCACUUGAAUGCAUGUUUAAAAUACAAAAUGCUCUGAUGUGUAAAUUCUGUACAACAAUGUAGGAUGAUUUAUUUAAAUACAAGUCAGAUUUGAACCGCCA